UAACAAGUUUAAACUUUUGUGUACUUAUUGGACUGUCCAAGGUCAUUUAUCGGUCAGCUCCAUGAAAACUUUUGUCAACUACAGGUGACAUAUCGGUCAGCAACAGGUAACCUAUUGGUCAGCUACACGUAACUCAUUGGCCAGCUACAGCCUGUUCCCUUAACGACAACGAUCCAAGGCGGGAUGACUCCGGGAAAAAUUGUGUUCAUCAGUGGCAUUACAAACGGCGCUUGUCACAGGUUCACAGUUAAUCUGAAGUGUGGUUCAGUUACUGGCGAAGACAUAGCUCUUCACUUUGACGUCAGGGUGAAAAUUUUAGGAGAGCACCAUAAGGUGGUCCGGAACUCUCACAUCGGUGGACAUUGGGGAAGAGAGGAAAGGGAGAUUCCUUAUUUUCCCUUCAAGUCGGAUGCAAACGUCGACAUAAUGAUACUGGCCGAGCAGGACAGGUUCAAAAUUGCUGUUAAUAACAAACACUUCGCAGAGUACCGCCAUCGCCUGCGACCAUUGAACCGUAUCAAUACUCUCAGCGUUACCGGCGACAUCAGACUCACCCAGGUGCGCUUUCAGUGAAACCGAUGUCCGAGAAUGUCAUAUCCGGCUAAAGGAGUUACAUGCUCUUUAGUCAAAGACCCCAUUUAUCGGCUUUAUUGACCUGAUUUCAAUUAAAACUAGUGCUGCUUAAAUAAACUAUGUAGUGUGCGAACUCCUUUAGGUGGGCUAAUUUUCGGUCAUCUUAUCCUCAGUGAAACGAUAAAAGGAAGACAGCUGUUAUUGAUAGAUUUAGACUGAUGUAAAUCACAGGUACUUGAUUAUGAUGUUUUUUAUAAGGCCAAGGUACGAUAUUUUUUUUUUAAAUUAAGCAUGCGAUUGUAAAACAAUAAUUUACUCGUCUAUAAUGCAACAUUUAAAUUAAAAACAUCAUAAUCUUGUCCACAAGUACCUGUGAUGUAAAUAUACUGCGGUACAUAAACGGGUCACAACUGAUAUUAUAUAAGUCAUUUAUUACAGGUGACAGUUCCGUACUUUCUAUUCGCAUUUUUUCAGUUAUUGUUGUUGAUAUUGCCUUUGCUUGAAUUAUAAUAAGACUGUUACUUUUGUUGAUUUAAAUGGAUUAAACUUGGAACUUGCG